AUGGAGAACGAGAACAUGGACAUGGAUGGGUCGAGGUACCACGACCCAUACCAAGCCUUCCCUUCCUAUGGCACCGAUGAGACUAGGGUUCUAGGCCCCUAUUACGUCCCUCGGGCAUCGACCCAACAGCAUGGCGGCCGGGCCAACCUUGCUUUGAUGCAGAAUGCCCAUGCAGGAUCUACCCACCACGAUCAUCAUGCGAGAUCGGAAAGUUGUUCGAUUGAGCCAGUGCCUGCAGAUGCAGAAGACCAGGUCCCAGACUUGCUUCAGCAAGACGAUCUGUACCAAUUUAGUAAUUUCAAUCUAGCACAGGAAACUGGUCCAGCUUACCACCGACUUGAUGGCACUUCCCGCAGUGACUUGGAAAACAUGUCACUGUUUUCUGGUCACCUCAACCAGCAACUGGGGUCCGGGAUGGAUGCUACACCAUACAACCAACAAGAUGGUCAGUCCUCCACGGAGGCAACCUCGAGUGCAAUGAUGGUCGCACGGAGUGCGAUGUUCAGCGCAAUGCCACUUGUCCGGAAUUCAGAGCCUUGGAACCCCGUAGGUGCCGUCCAAGGCGGACGGCCUAACCCAUACACCGGGCUGAUGCCGAUGGGCGUUGAGCAAUACCCUUCGAACACAACACGCUCGACGUCCGCUCCUAACAACUCUGGCUGGGGUCCUUCAACGCAAAGUGAUUUCGGAACCCCACUGUCGUCCAUGAAUUAUUCACAUGACUCCAUGACCAAUGUUAUGCCAAGAGAGCAUGUGCCCCUUUACCAACACGCCCCUUUCCCAGGUCAAAUGGAAACCCCUAUCUCUUAUCAGCCCGGCUCUUCCGUGUCUCCUUUGAACGCCUUCCACACUUCCGGACCAAGAGCUGGAAUACCAACAGACUUUCGAGGAUAUCCCAACAUAUACACCCGGUCAGAGCCCGGCUAUCCGUCGCAUUCACGAAAACGCAGACAAAUGUCUCAUGCGCCAUCCCAGAUCACAGAGGCUUCUACGCCUGGUACUGCAUCCAACUAUACCGACGAGGUUUUGGAAUGUAGAUACCCUGGUUGCGAUUCCACCUUUAGCGGUAAAUGGGCGGGAGGCAACAGAUCGAGACAUGAGAAGGGAUCUCAUCAUGAUCUCGGGCCGUUGGAAUGUGAGCAUAGUACAUGCAAAAAAACAUUCCAACGGUCGGAUGCUCGCAGGAAGCAUUACAAAGCGCACCACCCAGAACUCUUGUUUGGAAGUGCAUCGGCACGGCGUUCGAGAGGCAGAGUCCAAGAUAUGGACUUGAAAGACAUCUCCGCUUGGUCGAGAUAG